AUGACAAACAGUCACCCCACGAACUUGCUCGACCUGCCCGUCGACAUCCUCGCGCUGAUCCUCGCGCCGCUGGUCAAGUUUGACGCCCCCAUCGAACUUUGCCCUUGUGGCGACCACGGGGCGCUGAGGGGGCGGCUGGCGCUGGCGCGGACGGUGCUCCUCGCGCACCCCCAUCUGCACGCCGUCGCGUGCCCGAUGCUGUACGGCCUCAACACGUUUACGCUGUCGCUCGUGUCCGGCCGGCACGGGGCGCGGCAGGCCAAGAUGCUGCAGGCGUACUACCACAGCGAUGCGUCGGGGCGGGCGUCGCGGGCCCGUCUGCUCAACGACGAUGCGGUGGACGUGCCGCGGGCGCUGGCGGAGAGGCACCAGAUGGGCAAGCUGCAGCUGUUUGUGACGCCCUCGGCGCGGCGACGCGUACGCCAUUUUGCGCUCGAGGUGGGACGCCACCGUGGAUGGAUCGACGACGCUGUGACGCCGGUGCUCUCGGACAUGAUUCUGGCUGGCAGUCUUGCUUCGCUGAGUAUCACAUUGCUGUAUCGGCUGCCCGACGUCAGGACUAGCAGGAGCGAUUUUGGGACGCAAAACUCGCACGUGUCGACAUUGUUCGCAGGCAGCGAUGCGGCCGUGUUUACCAAGUCGCCGCUGAGGGGCUUCUUUCAGGUGCUGGCGGAUCCGGAUCUCGAGUCAUCACGGCUUUUUUUGACAAGAGGGCACCCAUCCGCUUGGUGCAAGUACCACACAAAGGGGUCAGAGAGUGACGAUCAGGGGAUGGAAUGCCCUCUUAUUGCCGUGGUGGACUGGCAAGCCAUUAUGUCAUGGGGCGAGUGCACUCUUUCCGAGGCACGUACGAUGCUGGUCAUCGGUUUGGGAAAACUCGACCGCAUCUACCGAAUAGUAGCUAGGCACGAGUACGAUUGCAACUUGUCUGACUGGCUUAUCUGUGAAACACGGUCCAUUGCUCGCCUGCGAAUCCCGACCUCAAGGAUGACUGGUGGCAAGAGUAAUACUACAUGGAUCUCAGAGAGCAAGGGGGGGGGCUAUGGCAUUGGCUCUUCAGUCGUCUCCUCAGUCGUCUCCGAGUCAAGUUGCAAUGCAGACAAGACAAAAAAGAAGCUUACCCAAACGGCAAUUGGCGAAGCUGUUUGCAUUGAAAACCUGCUCCCCCCCCCCUCCUCCCCUCCUCCCUCCUCCAAACUGCACGACGUGACAGAGUGCCUUUGCCCAUUCCACACCGCUCCUGUCUGGGGUCGUUUGGACGCACAAAGGGACGAGGGAAUGGGCACGCCAAGAGAUUCCGUCACAUGGGCCAUGGCUCAUCUCGAACAAGCAGGGCGCGCGUCCAAUCUGCGACGCUAUAAAAAAGAGAGAUGCCAGGGGGGGACCUUGUCAUGGUCUGAGAUCCUGUAA